UUGUCUUGAUUGCCUUACAGGUUAAUGUUCCAAGUUCAGGUAGCAGCCAGCUGAAAGAUGGCGAUGGUGCUCAUUCCAGCCACAGUGCCCUCUGUACCAGUGUACCACAACACUACAGUAGCGGUAUCCCCAACGGAGGUGAUCAGUAACAACACCAACACAACAUCCAUCCCGGUGGAACCAGCCAAAUGCUUCGCACCUCUCAUAAUGGAGAUCAACAACUCUGGGGUCCGAGUGUGGGAUGUUGUCCUCCUGGUACCCAACCUUCUGUUCCUGCUCUUCCUCAUGGUCAGAUUUCCCAAGGCCAAGGUCAAGCUGAAGAACACCAACAGCCCCAUCUUUAGGGCCUUCUAUAUCUUGGUUGUGAUAGUGGCAGUGAUCAGCGUGUGCCGCUGUGUGGUGUCCAUGACAGUCAACGCUACUGCAACACUAGGGAUCCUUACUGACAAGAUCCUGUGGAUUGUUUUGAGAUUUUUCCUGCUUGGAACAGAGAUGAGUGUGGUGGUGUUCGGUCUCAUGUUUGGCCACCUGGACAGCAGAUCCAGUAUCAAAAGAGUCCUGCUUGUUACCAGUUUCCUGGCACUUGUAUAUUCAGUCACACAGGGAGUGUUAGAGUUUGUCUUGCCCGACUCCCGGUUCGUUCUGCAGGAUGAAAACUACAGCCUGUUUGGACAUGGAGGGAUGGUGUUCUGGUUCGUCAGCUCAUGUCUCUUCUCUGUGAUUUAUGUGGGGAUCUGUAUCUUGCCAUUCACUCCUUUGAAAGAAAGAUUUCAGCUACCAGCUAAGAAGUCGUUCUACCUGUAUUGCGGGGCUCUGGCCGUGUUAAACGUUACCCAGGCCACCGGCAGUAUGCUGCUGUAUCAGGACAUCUGGAAUGGCCUCUGUGUUGUGGAUGCCACCACUCUUGCCUAUUUCACCUGUUUUGCACCUCUGGUGUAUUGGACAUUCCUUAGUGAGUUCUUUGGGGAUCUUCGCCCCACCCUGAACUUCUCCUACAAGGCCCAGGAGGACGAACCAGACGACGUCCACCUGCCCCAGUCCUACUCCACCCUGAAGCCGUCCGACCCAUCCUCCAUCAACCCCUCCAUCAACUACUCCUACGACGACACGCCAAUCGACCAAUCGGGAUCGCCCGACGUGGUGGUGAGCAAGACCAACACGGGCACCCUGGAGAGAUGGCAGUACAUCAGCAGCUGAGACAUGGAGAUUUAUCGGCAAAAGUUGUAAAUUAUAUAUUAUUACUUCAGUUGAAAUUGGAAAAACUACUGGGUACUAGAUGGGCUAUUUUCUUUUAAUCAAUAUUGACUUUCAGGCAUAGAAACUAAGUGGUCUGUGGGCUACGGGACUUUUUGGGGCCACGACCCCAAAAUCAUUCUUGAUUUUUUUUUACUCGGAGUUAAAAUCAUCUUGGGACCCAGCUACGCCCCCAACAGGCACCAGUGCAAACUAACGGUAGCAUCAAUGGUGAUUAAUUGAAAAGAAUCCUAACAUCAGGACAAAAAUGUGAGCAUAUGCUGAGGUACAGAUGAUUCAAUUGUAACAUUCCUCUAAAAAGAUGAGUUUACAUUUUGUCUUGUUACUCCUCAAGGCAGAUGCUAGAUUACAUAAUUAAGCCAUUAGACUGUUCAAAUCAUUUUGUACAUGCAGUGGCUAAUUAAUCCUUGCACCAAUGCCACCGUGAAAUGCUCAAGUAAAUGUCUCUAAGGCACGAUCUAGACACGGUUUUUCCCGAUAUCGACGAGCCAACAACCUCUCGCGCACAGCUUUUUUUCAGCGUCUAGAUGGAACUGCAAUAUCGCCAUAAAGAUAUUGGGAAAAUUUCUCCCGA